AUGGACGCCCUCCGCAGCGCCCUCCAGCCCAUAACCCACAACCUGCCGACCCCAAUCCGCAACCUCGGCCUCUCCCUCCUGGGCCCGCACUGCUACCAGACGCUCCUCCACGAUAUCGACCCCCUCAGCGACCCGGCCUGCCUCAAACUCGCCAUCUCCAAGGGCCUCGGCAUCGGCAUAAUUGGCGCCUCCUCCAUUGUCAAGAUCCCUCAGCUGCUCAAGCUCCUGAACUCGCAAUCUUCCGAGGGCAUCAGCUUCCUGUCCUACGCGCUCGAGACAAGCGCCUACCUCAUUGGGCUGGCGUAUAACGUUCGCCAGGGCUUCCCCUUCAGCACGUAUGGCGAGACGGCCCUGAUAGCGGUGCAGAACAUCGUCAUUGCAGCGCUGGUGCUGCAGUUUGCGGGAAGGACGGCUGGGGCCGCGGCGUGGGUUGCUGGGCUCGCCGCGGCGGGAUACGCCCUGUUUGAUGGGCGGACGGUGGAUGCGCCGACGCUGAGCUGGCUGCAGGCGGGCGCGGGCGUGCUGGGGGUUGCGAGCAAGGCGCCGCAGAUCUGGGCGAAUUGGCGGCAGGGGGGAACGGGGCAGUUGAGCGCUUUUGCGGUUUUCAAUUACCUGGCGGGCUCCCUGAGCCGCAUCUUCACGACGCUGCAGGAGGUGGAUGACCCGCUCAUUCUGUACGGCUUCGUUGCGGGCUUCCUCUUGAAUGCUGUGCUUGCGGCGCAGAUGAUCUAUUACUGGAAUAGCCCGAAGAGCAGAACGACUUCCUCCACGAAGCUAGAGGAGCCGAUGCGGGAGCGGCCAAUGGCUGCGGCGUCGGGUACGGCGCACAAGCCGAAGAGCCCGUCUACCAGACGGAGGGGCUGA